GAGAGCCUGGGAGAGAGUGAGAGGCAGUCUGUAUCCCAGGGAGGAGAGAGAGGAGCAGCUGCGAGAGACAUCAGUUCCCAUCAUUUAGAGACAGACACCAUGAGUGAGCUUCGGGCCAACACUGAGCUGCCUUCCCCAAACCCAACUUCUCUGGAUGAGCAAAAGGACAAGGCUGGGAACGCGGAGAAAGCCGAGGAGGAGAUCGACAUCGACCUGAACGCCCCGGAGACGGAGAAAGCGGCGCUCGCCAUCCAGAGCAAGUUCCGCCGCUUCCAGAAAAGGAAGACGGACCCCAGCCCUUGAUGGGCAAUGGCGCCCCCUCUCCUCUGACCUCUGCACUGCCCUGUACAAAACAAACAGAACCACUGUGCGGCAGCUUCUGUCCCCCCCCCCCGAACCCCGACGGCACAAGGAAUGCAAGCAGGGCUGCGUUCUUACUGUCCCCCCCCCCAAGCCUUAGGCUAUAAUGAAUGCUGGUCAGCCAUAUUGUAGAUAAUACCCCCCCCCUUAGCCUAGUAAGCCAGUAACUACCCGGGGUGACUUUUAUAACAAAGAGGAUUAUAUGGAAACAGGUUAGAAAUUAUUUAUGAAACAAGGUGCCUGCAAUUACCCCCCCCCCCACUCCCCCCCCCCCCCCUUUAUUCCAUCUCAAAUUGCUUGUUGUAAAGGGAAAGUAUUCCCUAUUUAACCAUGGUCCAGUAGCCAAACUGGGAUUAGGGCAAAGCAAAUGGCAUCCAUAACUCCCCUCCCCCUUCCCUGGCCAGUCUUUGCCAAGUGACCAACCUCUCACAUUCUAUGGAAAUUCCAUGUAUACUGAUGCUUUAUAUAUAUAUAUAUAUAUAUAUAUUGUAUAUCUGCUACUCUGUCACUUUGUAUGAGAAGAACUUGACUUCUACAGUUGGUGCCACCGAAAGCUUCAGCCAAACCAUUGCUGCUAUGGUGCUACUGCCAUCUAGUGACCAGUCUGUGGAACAGCAGCCAUGGUCCUACUGCCACCUAGUGACCAGUCUGUGGAACAGCAGCCAUGGUCCUACUGCCACCUAGUGACCAGUCUGUGGAACAGCAGCCAUGGUCCUACUGCCAUCUAGUGACCAGUCUGUGGAACAGCAGCAUUCAGCCCCGACCCGUACAGGAACCAAAGGUCCAAGAGUUGAUGAUCAAAGUCAGAACCAACCUACUCUGAGCUAAAUUUAAUAUAUAUAUUAACUGUAUGUCUAAUUCCUAUUAAUGCUAUGAGGUUGUCCAAGGGCCUUGAAAGGUUAAUAGGUAAUAGGGGGGCAUUUGGUUUAUAUUGGGCACCUAUAUAGGUGUGAAAAUGUUGAAUUCCCUUGAAGAGUCAUGUGAUCAUGUUCUUGGCAAGACCCCACCCAAUACAUUCCCUUUAUAGGUCACUUUACCUUUAAAUAGUCCCUUAACUUGCUCUACUGUACCAGUGAUGGUGCCACAGAAGGGUUCAUUCUCAUGGAAAUGUCUUUAAAUAGUCCCUUAUCUGGCUCUACCUACCAGUGAAGGGUCCACGGAAGGGUUCAUUCUCUUAGAAAUGUCUUUAAAAAGUCUCUUAUCUGGUUCUACCUACCAGUGAUGGUCCCACAGAAGGGUUCAUUCUCCUAGAAAUGUCUUUAAAUAGUCCCUUAUCUGGCUCUACCUACCAGUGAAGGGUCCACGGAAGGGUUCAUUCUCUUAGAAAUGUCUUUAAAUAGUCUCUUAUCUGGUUCUACCUACCAGUGAUGGUCCCACAGAAGGGUUCAUUCUCCUAGAAAUGUCUUUAAAUAGUCCCUUAUCUGGCUCUACCUACCAGUGAUGGUCCCACAGACGGGUUCAUUCUCUUGGAAAUGUUUUAGCAUGUUUAAAUAAUAAAAUAAUUGAAAUAAUCCA